AUCACAUCACCUCGAGGUCAUGGAGGACUGGACUCAAGCAGAUCUGACCACCAGGUGAUGCCGCCGCACACAGAUUCUUUGGCUGCUGGCCGAUAUGCUUGUGUGCUCUCAGGCUUCGGGGGGCCACCGAAUCGGCUGCCCUGAAAGGGCUGAUCUGAAGGAGGCCCUCUGAUGGAUGAUUCAGGCAGAUCUGGCCCACAGGGAAUGUGGGGCUGCGAUUUUCAUGAUGAUCCCACGGGAGCCACCGAAUUGGCCGAGGAGCAUAACGAUGACACUCACACACAGGUGGGUGCAGCGAUGGAGUCAGUGGUGCUGAUGUGAGUCUGUUCCUUACCCUUUGGUCACAGGUGGCAGACGGUGGUUGUGCUGCCGCGGCUGCAGCUCCUUACUACGGCUCAUAUUAUCAGGUGGGAUUCCCGACAGUCAUUGGAUGGCAUCUCUUGACCUCUGUGUGUGUGUGUGCGUGCUGCAGCCAUUCGGCGGUGUGCCUGGGAGUGCCGCUGGUGGUUUGGGGACUCAGUCGCAUCCCAGUGAGCCGCAAUCAGGAUGUGACCCUGCAGCCGACGGAUACGCAUCAGGUAAGCGGACACGCAAGGCGCUCCGAUUGCCGUGCAGGCAAAGAUGCAACCGUCGAUUGUGUGGUGGCUGUAGGUGACGCUGAGUGCUUUGGUGGGAGUCAGCCAUUGGGACAUGUGAGCCCACCAGACGAUCCUCUCGAUGGCCUGCAUUUGCUCUUUGGAGACGACGACCAUCCCGCCCAUGCCACAGCGGGCCCCUUCAUGCAGCAGCAGACACCGCGGGUGAGAAAACGAACGAAAGAGACUCACUCGUUGAUAUGAUUGUCUUCUUUGUGUGUGGUCAGUAUCCUCACCCUCACUAUGGCUUCCCGCCGUACCAAAUUCCCCAGCUGGCGCCCACUGCGGGAGAUGCCCCUAACGUAUGACUCUGAUUCCUCCCACCAAUCCAUUCACUCACUGCCCGUCACAUAGCCUCUCUUUGUUUGUGUGUCCUGCAGUUGUCCACUGAGAGGGCACCGGAGGUCACUAUCGGCGAGCGGCUGCAGCUGGUGGACGACUUCGAUAGGCGGCUGCUGUCGGGUGAGCGUAUCAGCAUGGCGAAGUUCGCGAAGGAGAAGGGCCUUACGCGUGACCAAUUCAAGCAGUGGUACUAUGCUAUCAAGAGGCAGCGGGAGGAAGGCAAGCAGAUCAUCGAUCCGAACAAGAAGCGCAACAGACAGCCGCAGUACCGGCAGAUUGAGGACGAGAUGAGGCAGUGGAUGGCUGAGCAGCCUGACCCGAUGAGUGUCCCUCCGAAGGACAUCAGAGAGAAGGCGAUGGAGAUCAAGAUUCGGCUGGGCGUCAGAGGCUUCUCGGCGAGCGACAGCUGGGUGAAGGGUUUUAGAAAUCGAUACAGACAGGUGGGAAAGAAGAGACAGGCACGACAGAGGUCCGCCAUGGUCUCAGAAUCUCGAUCUCAUUGUCUGGCCAGGACCCUCCCACACCAGCUGAGCCCCCUGCGGCUGCCGCUGCUGCUGCAGCUGGCGAUGACACCGACGGAAUGACGGUAAGUGAAGAAUGCAUGCGGGUACAUCGGUCCUGAUGAUGGUGGUGGCAUUGUGUGCAGUUGAUGAGCGAUGAGGAGUUCGAGACGGCCGGACAGGAGCUCCUUGAGGCACUGCAUGGGGCAGUCGACGACUCGGCAGAGGAAGAGGCACUUAUCACUCGGCUGCAGACACAGUCGCCACAGGUCAGCCGAACGCAUCCACGUGUGGGAGCGGGCGAAGAUAUGAGUGCGCUGUGUGCGGUCAUCAGGAUAUUGGGCGACUGGUGUGGCGGCUGGAUGGCGUGUAUGCCGACCAGUCGCUCACCGAUGCAGUAAGGAACCGAGACAUGUGACUGACAGGGCUGUGCUCUAUCUUCCUCUGCAUCUUUCAGGUGCGUCUCCUCGCUGCACGCGUCAGUGGACAUCUGCGACAGGUAACCACAUGUGUGCCGAGUGCGUCCAUUGCAUGCAGACGACGUUUGACGGUUGGCAGCCAUCGAGCACUAAUGUACUGCCGUCACUGUCGAUAUCCUUCCCAGCACACGGCCCCCCACCUCCCGUGGCCGCAUCGGCUUCAGCCGCUGCGGGCCCCCCUCCUGCGAUGCAUCCCCUUCACCCCCAUUUCCAUCCCAUUCCCCUCACUGACCAGUCAGAGCCACGUUCGCAUGCGGUUGCUGCAGCUGCGGCCGCUUUCAGCACCCAGCUGGCCCAUCUAUCACCACUGCAGGGCCAAACAAGCGAGGCAGCAGCCGCCGCCAGCGACCAGCCGGCCGACGGCACACCAUCAGAGCGACAAACCAUGAGCGUAAGCCAAAAGGCCAAGAGCGAUGAGCUUUCUGACGACUGAGCUGUCCCUCUCUGUUGUCCGUCAGGUGGUGCCGUCUACGAGCAGACAGACCAACGAGAGAGGGCCCCCGACAAAGAUCCGCAGGGAUGAGAAUCGCAAACACCGUGAAGGCGCGCCGUCUGCGGUGAGCAGACAUAGGCCGGCAGACAGUGGUGUAGGAAUUGUGGUUGUGUGAGACGUGUGCAGGUUCUGUCUCGUUCAUCAGUUAAGUCGGGCGUCAGCAACACUGUCGACGACCGGCUGAGUGACAUUCUGGAGGUCAGAGAGACACAGAGGACCGGACAGACAGACAGACAGGCAGACAGCGCGACCUAGGUGUUGUACAUCUCUGGUAUGUCGUCAGGAUGAUAACGUGAUUACUGUGGCUGACGAUGUGGAUGGUGAUGUUGUGACAGCCCCACAAGACACGCCGCUAGGCUAUGUAAGACCCAGGAUGACACAAGGAAGGCAAACAAUGUGACCGCCGUUGUGUGCAGAUUAUUGUUGGCAGCAGUCUGAACGCGACUCAGUGCGCGGCUCUCCGCUCCCUCUUUGUGCCGUCUCUGUUCGAGGAAUGUGAUUUCAAAUUGUUAUACAGGUAGCAGACACAAUUCGACACAUUAACAUCGACAGUGACGUCAUCGAUUGGUUCGUUUCUCCGGACAUGUCUAUCAGGGCUUCCCGCGACGGGCCAUUGUAUAAUGACUUUCUGCGGUGUGUCGGCGAUGCAAAUGGCCUGGUGUUUGUAAUGAAAAAGAGCCAGUACGUGUUCGGCGCCUGUAUAAGUCAAUCCAUUAGGCUGCCCACCGAUGCAGCCGCCGUCAGCGAGUAUGGGUGCGAUGGAUGGCAUUUCUCUCUUUCCGGCCACUUCGAAGGAGCGAAAACGAUGAUGAAAUGUGGGCAGUCAGUGUGGGUGGCCGGAAGACAGGGGGCAGUGUAUGGGCUGAGCAAAGUGAGGAUCUGGUUUCUGUGUAUGGGUGCUGGUGCUGAUAUGCGGAAGUGCUGUCAAUUCAUCCCGUGCGACCAUGUGCCUGAGGGCUAUGUGGGGGUGAGGGAUGAGCGUGGCGAUGCCCUCUUUGGGGGCAGUAGGCACUUCAUGGCUGAUGAGGUCGAGGUCAUUCGCGCCGGCCCCCUAUCAGUCGUCUCUCCUAAGGUGACACACACAUACACACACACACACAAAUUCACAAUUCACACACACACACACACACACACACAGAGAGAGAGAGAGAGGGGAAAAGUGAUGUUGUUGUCGCCUGUCGUGCCAUGCUUCAGUUGGUCGAUGACACUAUAUUGGAUCCCAUCCAAUGCGCGGCACUCUACGGCUUUCUCGACCUAGCGACGGGGGAUAGUCUAAGGGUUAUCUACAGGUACGUCUGCUCAUUCACAUCGCUGAUUUCAUCUAUCUCUUCCUUCCACUGUGCAGAGCGGCUCGUGACGGGCCGUCGUAUGGUGACCUUCUGCAUCGUGUGGGCGACUCGAAGCGCCUGGUGCUCGUCGUCAAGAAGGAACACUACGUAUUCGGGGCCUAUAUGAGUGAUGCCAUCAAGCCGCCCGAUGACCCAAGAGCCUUCAACCACUAUGAGUGUGACGUGUGGGAAUUCUCGCUGGCCGGCCACUUCGACCAACCCUCCCGGUGGCCAGUGGAGAUGGCCAUGGGGGAAGGCAGGCAGUCGGUGGGGGUGGCUGGAUGGAGGUCACCGCAUUGGCCGAAGCUGUGUAUUGGUUGGGGGAUGAGGAUCGGUACUUUUGACCGCAAGGGUAUCUAUUUUGACCGCAAGGGUAAUUACCUGUCGAGUUCUGACGAUGUGCGCAGCUGCUCUCACGCGAUCGUGAGCCGACGUAUUCCUGAGGGCUAUGUGGGGGUGAGGGAUGAGCGUGGGGAUGCCCUCUUGGGGGGCAGUGAGCACUUUAUGGCUGAUGACGUGGAGGUGCUUUUGGUGUCACCACGAGCGACGGUUAAGAAAGAGCGUCCUGGUCUUUCUCUUCUGUCCGCACUGUUUGGUGGCGGUGAGACAUUCACGUCCGGCUACGUUUCGUCGAGCUGGGGCGUCACUGGCACUUGAGGGUUGUGCAGAUGCGGUUGAUGGACUGUAUCUUGUCUUCUGUGCUCAUGCGCUGUUCGACAAUGCUGUCUGCCGUCAUCUUUACUGCUGUCGAUGUGCAUGUAUGUGUGGGGUUGCGGCAUCGAGGCCGGGGGGAUGUUACAUCAGUCUCUCUCUGUCUCUCUCUCUGUGCGUGUGUGUUUGUGUGUGAGCUGUGAGUG